CCUACUAAUUUAUGCAAUAAUGGAGAAAAUAUUCACCUCUUUUCUCUUGUUGCUUCAUUAUGUCAUGGUUAGUUCAGCUAUGAUCCAAACCAACACUACCACUGAUCAAUUAGCUCUUCUUUCUUUAAAAUCUCAAAUCAUUUCCGACCCCUUUUACUUCUUGGAUGAAAGUUGGUCUCCAACUACUUCUGCUUGCCAUUGGGUUGGAGUCACUUGUGGCUCUCGUCAAGUCCCUGAAUCUUUCCAACAUGGCUCUUACUGGCAGAAUUCCACGUGAUUUUGGAAACCUCACAUUUCUUGUUUCUCUUGACCUGGAAAGCAACAAUUUCCAGGGAAAUCUGCCUCAAGAAAUGGCACACUUGCGUAGGCUUAAGUUUCUUGAUUCAAGUUUCAACAACUUCAGCGGGAAGGUUCCUUCUUGGUUUGGAUUUUUAAACCAACGUCAAGUUCUAAAUCUUAGGAAUAAUAGUUUCACUGGUUCCCUUCCUUCUUCAUUUUCUAAUAUAUCCACACUUGAUACUUUGAAUCUGAAUUUCAAUUCCAUAGAGGGCCAAAUACCAAAAGUGAUUGGAAACCUUAGAGAAUUAAACUUGAGGGGUAACAAUCUCAUAGGAUAUAUUCCUCUGUCACUCUCGAAUGCCUCAAGGUUGGAGAUUUUAGAUAUAUCUUAUAAUUCACUUCAAGGAAAUAUCCCAGAAGGGAUCGGCAAUCUUCACAACAUGAACUGGUUGGCCAUACAAUAUAAUAAACUUACGGGUUCUAUACCAUUCACAAUUUUCAAUAUCUCAAGAAUUGAAUUCAUUGCAUUUACUAGCAAUAGCUUAUCAGGAAGUCUUCCAAAUGGUUUAUGCAAUGGUCUCCCAAUACUCAAAGGGCUUUAUCUGUCCACAAACAAGAUUCGUGGUAAUAUGCCUACAAGCUUAUCAAAUUAUUCACAACUUCAAGUAUUGUCUUUAUCAUAUAAUGAGCUUGAUGGACCAAUACAUGGUGAAAUUGGAAGAUUGAGUAACUUGCAGAGCUUGGCGCUCGGAACUAACCAUUUCACUGGGAUAAUUCCACAAGAAAUUGGAAAUCUUGUUAAUUUGGUGGAGUUUUGGAUGGAGAAAAAAUAGAUUACCGGCUCUGUCCCGAUCUCCAUAUUCAAUAUCUCAUCGCUGCUAAUUUUGUCACUGGCGCGAAACAAUCUUAGUGGAUUAUUACCACGGGAAAUCAGCAACUUAACCAAGAUGCAACUUCUACAGAGUGGUAGAAAUAAGCUUAUAGGUGAAAUACCCAAAGAGAUAAGCAAUCUCUUUGAGUUGGAUGAACUUAAUCUUCAAUUUAAUAGUUUUAGUGGUUCACUUGAUAUGGAGAUCUUCAACAUAUCAGGGCUGAGAAUAAUUGAUCUUUCAUUCAACAAUCUAUCAGGAAGCCUUCCACCAAACAUAGGUUCAAUCGUACCCAACAUUGAAGAGCUUUAUCUGGGUAAUUAACCAAUCUCCAAUUGUUCAAAACUUACAAUUCUUGAGCUUUCAUACAACAAACUCACUAGCUUGAUUCCCAACUCACUUGGAUAUUUGACUCAUCUAUAGUAUCUAAAUUUAGGGGCAAACAAUUUAACCAGUGAUUCAUCAUUAAGUUUCCUAACUUCCUUAACCAAUUGUAGAAAUUUAACAUAUCUUGAUAUAUCUUUCAACCCUCUAAAUGGCAUGCUUCCAGCCUCCACGGGGAACCUUUCCACCUCUCUUAGAAAAUUUUACGCCAAAAAUUGCAAAAUCGAAGGGCGAAUUCCAAAUGAAGUUGGGAACUUAAGCAUCUUUCUGGAAAUAACUUGGUCGGAUCAAUUCCAACAUCAAUUGGCAACUUGAGAUAUCUUCAGUGGUUCAACUUGAGUAGCAACAAAUUCACAGGAUUUAUUGGAGAUCAUAUAUGUAAAUUGCAGCAUUUGGGUGAAAUUUACUUGGUUCAAAAUCAACUUUCAGGAUCUCUUCUUAAUUGUUUAGGGAACAUCACUUCGCUUAGGGAGAUACAUCUUGGUUCCAAUAAAUUGAGUUCCAAUAUACCAUCAAGCUUAUGGAAUCUUGAGGAUCUAGUGGUUCUUGACUUAUCAUCAAACAACAUGGUAGGUUCCUUACCUCCAAAAAUUGGAAAUCUAAAGGCUCUAACAAAGAUGGAUCUAUCGAUGAAUCAAUUCUCAAAUGUAAUUCCAAGAGAAAUUGGAGGAUUGUAAAAUUUGGCACACCUUUCUUUGAGACACAACAAGUUACAAGGAGCUAUACCUGACUCAAUGAGCAACAUGGUAGGUUUGGAAUCCCUAGACCUUUCUCAUAAUAAUAUAUCUGGAAUCAUUCCUAAGUCUUUGGAGAAACUUCAAAACCUGAAGUAUUUCAAUGUUUCUUUCAACAAAUUGUAUGGUGAAAUACCCUCGGGGGGUCCUUUCAAGAACCUCUCGAGUCAGUUUUUCAUCUACAAUGAAGCAUUGUGUGGUUCUUCAAGAUUUAGUGUCCCUCCAUGCCCCACUUCAUCAAAGCACAAAUCAAAUAGGAAAAGAUUACUAGUUCUUUUUCUUUUGCUGGGAAUUGCACUAGAAGUUGUUCCUAGAACCUUUAUUUUUUUCUGGAUAAGGUAUAGAAAAGGUAGAAGAGCUCCUCAACAAGCUGAUUCAUUGUCUGCCAUAACAAGAGAAAGAAUUUCAUACUAUGAAUUGAUCCAAGCAACUGAUGCGCUUAGCGAGAGUAAUUUGAUUGGUUCUGGAAGUUUUGUCUUUGUUUACAAAGGUGUUCUCAGAAGUGGAACUUCCAUUGCAGUUAAAGUGUUCAAUCUGCAACUAGAUGCAGCAUUCAAGAGCUUUGAUAUGGAAUGUGAAGUUCUGCGCAGCCUUCGCCAUAGGAAUCUUGUAAAAGUCAUUACUAGCUAUUCCAACCUUGAUUUUAAGGCUUUAGUGCUCGAUUAUAUGCCUAAUGGAAGUCUUGAGAAGUAUUUGUAUUCACACAACUACUUCCUAGACAUCAGGCAGAGGCUAAGUAUAAUGAUAGAUGUGGCAUGUGCGUUGGAAUAUCUUCACCAUGGGUGCUCGUCCCCUGUGAUCCACUAUGAUCUGAAGCCUAGUAAUGUCUUUCUGGACGAGGAUAUGGUUGCCCACCUAAGCGACGUUGGCAUUUCGAAACUGCUUGGUGAAGAUGAGAGUAAUUUAUACACAAAAACAUUAGCAACAUUGGGUUAUAUUGCGCCAGCUUUCCUAUUUAAGCAGCUCUUCUCCCCUACGCUUUCUCAUCCUUAUCACUAGUGGAAAUGGUGCCGAAGAAGCAAAAGUAGGAAGGCGGCAACGAGGGAGGAGAAAGUGAACUGAGGAGUUGCGAAUUUAAAGCCCCCAAUGCUUAAUAAAAUUAUUGAAAGUCAUUUUAACUGCUUUUUGCUGCCCCAUCUUUUCUUAAAAAAACAAAAAUUGUUAGUUGCCCUUUUCUACCUUCUUUGCUUCCUUGCAUUUUCACUUGUUGAAGACGUAAAUAAAGUUUGUUAGAUUCAAUAGACAAAGCAUUUAGUUGAGUUGGUCGCGAAAUUUCAACAUGGUAUCUUCUAAGCAAGUAGAGCUCUUGAGCUAGUAGUAAAACUAGAAAUUU